UCCUUCCGCCCCUGGUUAAGAAGCAGCUUCCCACCUUGUUCCUAUGUUUCUUCCACCGAUUAGUUCGCGGAGAAGCUACAUAGAGAGGAAAGUCUGAAUCUUUUGGCUCUCCGUUCCUUCUUCUUCGUCUUCCUUUGAUAUCCAUUUCUUGGAAAGCCUCUACCUUUUCGAUAGAGGCCAUGGGCAAUUGCUUGGGCUCGUCGUCCGGUGUAGAGACUUCACGGAACGCUUCUUAUGCUUCAGGGACUUCUACCAGCAAAACAAGCUUGUCUUCAUUUCCAUCCACUCUGACAUGUUCCACUCCAUCAAAUCUUUCUGCGCCUCACUACAAAGAACAUACUGCUAGCGGGGCUCUUCCCACACCAAGAACUGAAAGGGAGAUCUUGUCUUCUGCAAAUUUGAAGGAUUUCACAUUCAGCGAUCUAAAAAGUGCUACCAGAAACUUUCGUGCUGACAGUCUUAUCGGGGAAGGAGGAUUUGGUUGUGUCUACAAAGGUUGGAUUGAUGAACAAAGUCUUGCGCCCUCAAGGCCUGGAUCAGGAGUGGUGGUUGCCAUCAAGAAACUUAAACCCGAGGGAUUCCAGGGCCACAAGGAAUGGCUGACAGAGGUUAACUAUCUUGGUCAGCUUCACCAUCCAAACUUGGUCAAGCUGAUUGGCUACUGUUCGGAGGGUGAUAAUCGACUUCUGGUCUAUGAAUUGAUGCCAAAAGGCAGCUUGGAGAGUCAUCUUUUCAGAAGAAGUGUUGAGACUCUACCUUGGGCAACUAGGAUCAAGGUUGCAAUCGGAGCUGCUAGGGGACUCUCAUUUUUGAAUGAUGAGUGUCAAAUUAUAUACCGGGAUCUUAAGGCUUCUAACAUUCUUCUUGACACGGAUUUUAAUGUGAAGCUUUCAGACUUUGGCUUGGCAAAAGAUGGACCAACUGGGGAUAGGACCCAUGUCUCAACACAAGUCAUGGGAACUUACGGAUACGCAGCUCCAGAAUAUAUCGCAACAGGUAGGCUCAAUGCAAAAGCCGAUGUCUACAGCUUCGGGGUUUUGUUAUUAGAACUACUGACCGGACGCAGAGCUCUUGAUAAAAUAAGAGUUGCUGCAGAGCAGAACCUUGUGGAUUGGACACGGCCUAGUUUGGGCGACAAGCGUAAACUGCAUCGGAUCAUUGACCCAAGGCUAGAGGGUCGGUAUCCAAAGAACGGAGCUCAUGAAUUUGCCAGCCUUGCUCUUCAGUGCAUCAGAAAUGAUGCUAAACUCCGGCCUAAUAUGUCCGAGGUCUUGGCCGCUCUGGAGAAAUUGCAGGACCCAAAAUAUGCUGCUUUGCCUCCACAAUCUAAUCAAAAGAAGAAGAGUUCCAAUACCAUGCCAAGGUCGCCUAUGAGAAAUCCCCGCCCACCGCUGCGCCCAACACCCAGUGGCUCUUCUCUUAAAUCCUACCAUGCAUAAACAAAGGAUGCAAAUUUGGACUCGCACGAUUGCACACUAGCUCGAUGGUGACAACAGGUGAUGAUUCUUUGAAGGACAUUAAGGCUGCUACAGCUACCAGAAGUCAUUCUUUCUCAUCCCAUUUUGCGUCCAUACAUGUUGAACAAAGUUCAUCGACAUUCGUUUAUCGUGUUGUGUAUUUAUCUGUAAAACUUGAUUCACCUAGCAUUUGUAAUAUGUAACAGAGAGUUGGCUUGCACUUUGAGUCUUACUUUUUGGAGUGGAUUUUUUUUUUUCACUUUA